AUGGAAGUAAAGGGUAAAUUCAAUUGUACUUUUCGAUUUGUCGCUUUAAAUAAAAACCAGUUGGCACUAUGCCGACUUGGUGGAAUUUUGCUUUCAUCCCUUGGCCAAAAUAAGUUUGACCUUGUUUCAUUGUCCUUUAAGAGGAUUCUGAAACUUAUGUUUUGGCCGAAACUGGUUCGUAAAUGUGUUACGACAAAGGGUACUUAUCUGUUUUCACCUCACGAUCCAAAUACUAUUGUUGUGCUUAUAGGUUGGGCAGGUGCCAGAGAUAAUAAUAUUGCUAAAUACUCUCGUCUUUACGAAACAAGAGGGCUUACAACGCUGAGAUAUACAAUCGACAUACCGUUCUCAGCGUUGCGAGGAACAAGGCUGUCGCCGUUUUACACUGAACCUUUAAUGUUGGAGAUUGAUCGUAUAGGGAAGUCUGGAGCUUGUGAAAUUAUCCUACAUCUGUUUAGCUUAAACUCCUUAUUUGUUCUGAAGGCAUUAAUGCUUAGCCGACCAGAUCUUUCUCAAAAAAUGAAAGGAGUUGUAUUUGACAGCUGUCCUGCUACUCCCAAAAUGUCUUCUUUUUUCUUCGUUUUGACUAUGCUGCUAUCUCAACGGUUUCCACUGUUGCCAUGGUACAUACUGGGAGCGAUGAAAUACUGUUUUUUGGGUGCUGCAGUUUGUCUGGAGUUGAAGGAGAAGUUACUGAACGCCGUAUUACAAAAGCGAAAAGAUAUGGAUAUUUAUGACUGGAUGAGAAAUCGAACAGAUCUGCCAAAACAUCAACUUUAUAUUUAUUCAAAGGCUGACCAUUUGUGUUCUUACAGAACAAUUAAGGAGUUUUGUGAAGAUCAAGUUAAGCGGCGUCAAGUGACAGCGACUCAACUCACAUUUGAAGAUUCUGCUCAUGUCAGACAUUUGCUCGAACACCCUGUUGCUUAUGAAAGUGCCAUUAACAAAUUUUUAGACAAACUAGUAUUUGGGAAACUUCAAAAGUUCAUCUCUUCAUAA